AUGAAAUUAUUAUUAUUAUUAGCGAUCAGUGCGUUUGUAUGGACCGGUUGUUGGGCCGGUAUUCCCUGGAAAGGUGAGCCCCGGACGGAUGACUGGUGGAAAUCCAGACACCAGUUAAUGUUGAAUCAGACACGCGAUCAUAAGACAGAUUUGAAAGUCAUAUUUUUUGGCGACUCAAUUACCGAGGGCUGGACAACAUCGACCGGUAAGGACUUGUGGGCCAAAUCCUAUGCUCCGAGACAUGCCUACAACUAUGGUAUUGGUGGCGACAAAACCGAGCAUCUCAUCUGGCGUAUGGAAAACGGCGAAUUUGAUGGUCUAGACUCCCGGGUGGUUGUCCUAAAAAUCGGUACCAACAAUUUGUUUGACAAUACCGUCGAAGACAUUGCCAAAGGUAUCCGAGAAAUUGUUGACCAACUCGUACGCCGACAAGUGAACACCAAAGUCCUAUUGUUGGCUAUUAUUCCCCGACAGGGACGCGAUCUCGAGCUCAAAGUCCAAUCAAUUAAUACCAUAAUUUCGAAAUACGGUGACAAUAAACGUGUCUUUUAUUUGGAUAUGACCGACCAUUUUGAGACCGAUAUCGGUGUCGAAAUUGCCGACUUGUAUAGCGAUACCGUACACCUGACCGUUAAGGGCUAUCAGGUCUGGCACGACGUUAUGGAGCCAUUGUUUAGCAAACUAUUGAAUUGA